AUGGUACCGGGGUAUGGAUCCGGUGAAUUUCUCAUGGUAGUGGAUACAUAUUCACGGUUUUUGGUGGUAAUUGAGAUGCGCCGUACUAACGCCGAGGCAACGAAUUUGGCCUUGUUGGAUAUUUUCAAACGCUGGGGCCUACCACUCAUAAUCCAGAGUGACAAUGGACCGCCCUUCCAGAGCUCGGCAUUCUGCGACUUUUGGCAGGAAAAGGGCGUCAGGGUGCGGAAAUCGAUUCCAUUGAGUCCACAGUCAAAUGGGAUGGUCGAGCGGCAGAAUCAAGCCAUAAUUAAGGUUCUAUCAGCGGCCAAAUUGGAGUCUAAAAACUGGCGAAACGAACUGGAGUCUUUCGUUCAUAAACACAAUACUGUAAUACCACAUUCUAGAUUGAAUGUAACUCCAUUUGAACUGCUCGUUGGGUGGAAGUACAGGGGUACUUUUCCGAGCCUCUGGAACGAUGUGGAAAACAAACAACUGGACCGUAUAAACGUGCGAGAAUUAGACGCCGAAGGGAAGCUAACCAGUUCAAAAUACGCGGAUAGUACACGAGGAGCAGAGCCAUCAAACAUACAUAUUGGAGAUAUCGUUUUCUUGAAAAAGCACAAGACAUCUAAAGUAGACCCAAAGUUCUCGCCGGAAAGAUACACCGUAAUUGCACAGGAAGGGUCAAAGAUGGUUGUCAUCAGUGGUAACGGAGUACAAUAUACAAGAAGUAUCAAUGAUAUGAAGAAGGCCCCAUGUUCAUCACCAGCAAACCUAAAAUCUAAUGAAUUUGAUAAUGCAACAGCUGAUAAGGAAGAGCUAGGUAAUUUAGUGCAUCCAGGACUUCGCCGCAGAGAGACAGUAAAAAUGCCAGCUAGAUUUAAUGAUGACUUCGUCUACAGAAUCUACGAAUAA